AGUGGGAGCAAGAAGUCCGGGCGCAUGCGCGUUUAUCUUGUAGGCCAUAUUGAUAUUGUACAUCCAUUUGCAUCCAUUGCGCAUUAGGUUGUAAAAUUAUCUAACUCACUCAAAAUGUUUGCCCGACAAAUGCUGAGACGCUUUACGACAAGUGCAGUCCGUCGUUCAGAACAUGAGUCUGGAGGAAUUCCCGGUGCUAACUUGCCAUUCGAUAUCAAAAAUAAGUACAAACUUACUGCUUAUUUCAUCAUGUUCUUUGGCAGUGCCUUGGCAUUGCCAUGGAUUAUCGUUCGUCAUCAAAUGUUGAAGUAAAUUCAUAAAAGUAGUUGGAGUAGUUUAUUCGAAUUCGGAAUUUUCAAAUAAAUAAUGUAUUAAAAUUAUAUAAAUAAAUUUAACUUCACAUUUA